AAACACAUCAUCAGUGUCACUGUAUCCGAUUGCGUGAAGCAUUUGGUUGGUGAGAGCCGUUGUUUGAUGUUUGAACCUAACUCACAAGUAAGAAGCCUUGGCAUUUUGUGAGAGCUUUUGAACCUUUGACGAUGAACUCCUCCCCUGCCCAGCUGCUGUCUGCCCAGAACGUGAACCAGCUCCUCGAUUCUGUCCAAGCUUUUCUCUUCGACUGCGACGGUGUGAUUUGGAAGGGCGAUAAGCUGAUCGAUGGUGUCCCUGAGACACUGCACAUGCUUCGAUCAAAGGGGAAGAAGCUGGUGUUCGUUACCAACAAUUCCACAAAAUCAAGAAGCCAAUACGCCAACAAGUUCCUUUCUCUUGGCAUUUCGGUUACUGAGGAUGAGAUAUUCUCUUCAUCCUUUGCCGCAGCUAUGUACUUGCAACUCAUUAACUUCCCCCAACACAAAAAGGUUUAUGUAAUAGGGGAACAAGGUAUUUUAGAAGAGCUGCAGCUUGCUGGUUUUACAGCUCUUGGUGGCCCUGAAGAUGGUAAAAAAACGGCACAACUGAAAUCAAAUUGCCUUUUUGAACAUGAUAAGAGUGUUGGAGCAGUUGUGGUUGGACUAGACCAGUAUGUUAACUAUUACAAGCUUCAAUAUGGAACCCUUUGCAUACGUGAAAAUCCGGGAUGCCUUUUCAUUGCAACCAAUCGAGAUGCAGUUGGACACAUGACUGAUUUACAAGAAUGGCCCGGUGCUGGGUGUAUGGUAGCUGCUAUCUGUGGAUCCACCCAGAAGGAGCCUAUUGUAGUUGGAAAGCCCUCUAAUUUCCUGAUGGAAUUUUUACUAAAGAAAUUCGAUGUUAGUUGCUCCAAAAUGUGUAUGGUGGGUGAUAGAUUAGAUACUGAUAUAUUGUUUGGCCAGAAUGCUGGCUGCAGAACUCUCCUCGUUCUUUCAGGUGUGACGACUGAAUCCGUUCUUCAGGACCCUUCAAAUAAGACUCAACCAGAGUACUAUACAAGCAAGGUUUCCGACAUGUUUGACUUGCUGCGGCCGUAGCUUACUUGAUCUAAUCCCUCCCUUGUGUUUGGAUUGGACAUUGUUUUCCUUCCAGUGUAUUAAUGAAUUAAUUGAUUAAUGAUGUGCGAAUAACAUCCUGAGUGAAUGCUAUUCCCAGACGGCGCCUUUGAGUUGCAGAGGGUAUCAACCAGUUGCCUUGCCAAGUUGAUAUAACUUGGGUGAUAGAUUAGAUACUGAUAUAUUGUUUGGCGAAAGUUGAUAUAACUUAAGUUAUUUCAUUUACCAAAAUAAAUAUAUAAAAAAAGAGAGAGAGAAGGUUGCAUUGCAUGUGUUGAUUGCUGCAGGUGGAUCGAUGCACCUGCUCUGCUGGUUAAUAUUAAUUAUAGGGUGAUGGAUUUUGUGGUA